UCUUUUAAACUUGAAUAUUUCACUGUGGUCCCUGAACACAGCAUGACACAACAGCGAAGAUGGCGUGUUGUGGAAACUGUUUUUGUUGCCAAUGUUGCUGCAGAGAAGGAGAGACACGGACGCCAGAGGAACUGACAAUUCUUGGGGAGAUCCGAGAAGAAGAAGAUGAGAUCCUGCCCAGGAAAGACUACGAGAGUUUGGAUUAUGAUCGCUGCAUCAACGAGCCUUAUGUGGAGGUCCUGGAGGGGAUGGACAACAAAAAAGCCAGAAAGUAUGAAGCUGUGAGGUGGCUGAUGGUGUUUGCUAUCGGGGUCACAGUGGGUCUGGUGGGCUUGUUCGUAGAUUUCUUUGUUCGCCUCUUCACUAAAAUCAAGUUCUCUCUGGUGGGUGAUUCCAUAGAGAAAUGCACUGACAAAGGCUGCCUUGCUCUGUCCCUGCUUGAGCUUCUCUCCUUCAACAUGUUCUUCAUCUUCAUUGCCAGCGUGCUCGUCCUCAUUGAGCCAGUAGCUGCAGGUUCGGGGAUCCCAGAAAUCAAAAGUUACCUAAACGGAGUGAAGAUUCCCGGGAUCGUCCGGCUACGAACUUUUCUCUGCAAAGCUGCCGGAGUUCUGUUCAGUGUGGCUGGAGGUCUGUUUGUGGGUAAAGAAGGUCCGAUGAUACACAGCGGAGCCAUUGUGGGAGCUGGUCUUCCUCAGUUUCAGAGCAUCACUUUCAAGAGGAUCAAAUUUGAUUUUCCUUACUUCCGCAGUGACAGAGACAAGCGGGACUUUGUGUCGGCUGGCGCUGCAGCUGGUGUCGCUGCUGCGUUCGGCGCUCCCAUCGGAGGAACGCUCUUCAGUCUGGAGGAGGGGUCGUCUUUCUGGAACCAGGCUCUCACCUGGAAAGUGCUCUUCUGCUCCAUGUCCGCAACUUUCACGCUCAACUUCUUCCGAUCGGGGAUCAACUACAACAAGUGGGGCUCCUUCCAGCUGCCUGGUCUGCUCAACUUUGGAGAGUUCAAGUGUCCAGAUGGAGAUAAGAACUGCCACCUAUGGACGGUGGUAGACCUGGCUUUCUUUGUCCUGAUGGGGGUGGUGGGCGGCCUGCUGGGGGCGCUCUUCAACUGCAUGAACAAGAGUCUGUCCAAAUAUCGCAUCAAACACAUUCACCCCAAGGCCAAGUUCAUCAGAGUUCUUGAGAGCCUUCUGGUUACAAUGGUGACAUCAGUGGUGGUAUUUGCAGCGUCCUUGCUGUUGGGCGAAUGUCGUGAUCUGUCCACCCCCACAACCCACAAUUCCACAGUGUCCGGCAGUGAAGACAUUAACUCAACCAUCCGCCAGUUCUUCUGCACCAAUAAGACCUACAACGACAUGGCCACACUGUUCUUCAACCCACAGGAGGCCGCAAUCCAUCAGCUCUUCCACCAGGACGGCACCUUCAGUCCUGUCACUCUGUCCUUGUUCUUCCUGCUGUACUUCCUGUUGGCGUGUUGGACAUACGGCUUGUCUGUACCCAGCGGUUUGUUUGUCCCCUCUCUGCUCUGUGGAGCUGCUUUUGGACGUCUGGUCGCCAACAUCCUCAAAGUGAAACUGGGGAUGGACAUCUACUCGGGGACCUUUGCCCUCAUCGGAGCCGCCUCCUUCCUCGGGGGCGUGGUCAGAAUGACCAUCAGUCUGACCGUCAUCCUCAUUGAAUCAACCAAUGAAAUCACAUUCGGGCUGCCGAUCAUGAUCACUCUAAUGGUCGCAAAGUGGACCGGAGAUUUCUUCAACAAGGGCAUUUACGACAUCCACAUCCAGCUGAGAGGAGUGCCGCUGCUGGAGUGGGAGACUGAGGUCGAGAUGGACAAGUUGACAGCCAGUGACAUCAUGGAGACAAACCUGACCUACGUGUACCCCCACACCCGGGUGCAGUCUCUGGUCAGCAUCCUGCGGACCACCGUCUAUCAUGCCUUCCCCGUGGUCACCGAGAAUCGACAGAACGAGCGAGACUUCAUGAAGGGAAACAUCCUGGUCAGCAACAACAUCCGGUUCAAGAAAUCCAGUGUGAUGUCUCGGGCGGGGGAACAGCGGCGGCGCUGUCAGUCCAUGAAGUCGUACCCGUCCAGCGAGCUAAGGAAUGUUUGUGACGAGCAGACAGCUGCUGCAGAGCCGGCAGAGGAGGGAGAAGACCUGCUGCAGCAGAUGUUAGAGAGGAGACACGCUCCGUACCCAAACCUGUACCCGGACCAGUCCCCCAGUGAGGAGUGGACCAUGGAGGAGCGCUUCAGACCCCUUACCUUCCACGGCCUCAUCCUGCGCUCCCAGCUUGUCAACCUGCUCAUCAGAGGCGUCUGCUACUCUGAGAGCCAGUCGAGCGCUACACAGCCCCGGUUAUCCUUCACAGAGAUGACAGAAGAUUACCCACGAUACCCCGACAUCCAUGACUUGGACCUCGCCCUGCUAAACCCCCGCAUGAUAGUGGAUGUCACCCCCUACAUGAACCCAUGUCCCUACACAGUGUCACCAAACACCCGCAUCUCCCAGGUGUUCAACCUGUUCAGGACGAUGGGCCUGAGACACUUACCGGUGGUCAACGCUGUAGGAGAAAUCGUUGGAAUAGUCACGAGACAUAAUUUAACACACGAGUUCCUGGUGGCCAAACUGCGACAGCACUACAUCACUGUCUGACCAAAUCCUACCUGUCCACCUCAGACUGUGUCAUUCGUCUCUGUCCCGUCCUGUCCCAUCAGCAUGUAGGCAUUCCCAAACCAAACUGCACAUUAACAACCACACACACACACACACACGCACACACACACACACACACACACACACACACACACACACACACACGCACACACACACACACACACACACACACACACACACACACACACACACACACACACACACACACACACACACACACACAUUUCCCCUGCGGUUCAGUUUGGAUCACAGUUCUCUCGUUAGGGAAACCAGCAAGUUGUAUUUCACUCAAGUCAAAUGUUCAGCCUUUACUUUGCUGAGAUCGACCAUGGAUCAACAAAACAAAAAACAAAAACAAAACAAAAAUCAACACAAAUCAAAAGUUCCUCAUUGGAGCUUUAAGUUUGUUGAACUUGUCGAAUGAUUAUUUAAAUUUGUUCUGCUCUGAUUUAACCUUUCUGAUCUUUGCACAGCUUAAAAGUCAAACUAAGAAACAACUGGAACAUUUUAUUAUUUUAUUCAUGACUCAAUUAGACCUCAGUUGUUGCUGUUUCUGCUGGCUAGAGACGCACAAGUAUGACCCAUACAAGUAAAAGAGAGCUUUACUCUUUGAGGGAUGACUUUAUGGAAGUUGGACACCUCAUGAAAGUAUUGCCAUCCUCUAGAGACCAGAUUUUAAACCCUUCUUUUAAUUAUUCACCUGUCUGUAGGUCUACAUCUUGUUGCAGGUAAAUGUAUAGCAAUAACCUUGAAGCCUGCUUUCCUCUGGAAUCAUUAUGAUACAUGCAAACACAUUUUUAAGCUUCUGUGUGCAUUAAGAAUUAUAUUUACAGGACAAAGACUUUACAUUUGAGAUAUUUAAUUUGUAAUAAUGUGUCAAAAUUUUCAGUUUAUAAGUGCAACUGGCGAUUAAAUACCAGGACAUAUUCAGUCUGUCAUGUCUGGAUGUUCUUCCAUUGCAAGCUCAAAAUCCAUGCUUGAUCAACAAAUGACGUGAAUGAAAUACCAUUUGCAAAUGUUUCCAUACUACCUUCAAAGCAGAACAUUUUAAUCAUACUUUAUCAUCUUUGUCACUGUAGCACUUUUAUUUUGACUGUUGUCUGUGUAUUUUUAUUUACUGUGUAAGUAACUGGAAUUAUUUGCACUAAACGCAGGCUGACGUCCCUCACGGCCUGCGACUUAACUAGACCUCAAUAGUUGUUUAGCGACCGUGUUAGCGCAUUCCAAGUUGGACAUACAGCAAUGUUUUUAACCACUGCAGCUGUUUGUAAAUACUCUAGCGUUGUUGAUUUGCACUUGUGAUAUAUAGGUAUAAUUUCACCGUCCUUCAGUCACAUCAGAGUCCGAAUGUGUGACGAUUGAAAGGACUGUACGUCCGACAGUCUCAGGUUAAGUCGACCAAGUUUUUAAGCUAUAUGCUUGAUCCCAGCCGGCCGUUUCCUUUUAACAUCAAGAGCUCAAUUUUCAAGAUUUUAAAUUUUCUAAACAUUAGGCAACUGAUCACAAUUCUACCACUUUUCGAUUGGUCAGCAACUGGAUGAUAGAUAUAUGGUGCCUUCAAUUGGAGUUGGGUUUACUGUGUCUGCGAAAAAGAGACCGAAUGAACGCUCCCUCUUUUAUCGUAUUUAUGACAUUGUAACCCAAAUCUUUUUGAAAUUUUCUUUAGAUGUGACAUGUCUGAUGAAGUUUUCAAAAAUGGUAGAGGCCCUGGAGUCCAGUUUCACAAAUACAUUUCAUUAUUAUGAAACUGACAGGGUCUGUAGUUAGAGAAGCUAAGUUAGCUAACAUACGCGAAGACGCAGCUUGUACAUCGUAGUUUUAUGUUAGACACGUACGGGACCAAGUUUGUUUCAGCACAAAUAAAAAAUACAACUUUUAGCAUUGUCACAUAGAAAGCAAGGAGUACAACAACUGAUCGUAUGGCGUCUGUGUUAUUGUUACGUUGCUACGGUUCUUCCAUUUGGUUACAGUUUUAACAGCAAGCCUUUCAAACUCACAACUUCACAAGGUCCAUAUGAAGGCAGCAUUUGUUCAUAUUUCAAGUAAAAAAAAAACAUAUACAGUAUGUAACCUUUUAGCUACAACUAGCAUCAGCAUUCAACUAGUAUUUAAUCAUCUGGAAACAUGCUAUUAGCAAAUAUAGCGUUAGCUAACAUACUGUUCGCUCAAAACAUAUUGCAAUGGUUAAAUAAUUCAAAUUAAUCAGAUAAUGUGUUUAUUUUUGUCUCAUGUUAAAAUUAGCUAAUUAAGCAACUAAACUUAUAUUAUAUUAACUUUAUUGGUCCUCAACCUAAGCUCCAAAAAAACAUUACUCAACGUAACGUUACCCAAAAAUGCUUUUUCAAAUAUAUCUUGUUACACAACCAGGGGGUAAUGUUAGCGAGGAAGUGGCUGAAUACUAAUGCUAGCUGUUGUUAGAUAUUGAUGAUGCUAAAUUCUCACUUUGGAACCUUGAAUGCACUCAAUUUCAAGCUUCCAACUUUCUUAAAAACAAAUAUAAUGUGAUGUUUUAAUUGUGACCUGCCAAGGGACUGCAGAUGUAAAUUAGCUUUCAGCUAACUCUAGUAAAAUCCAUCAAAUGGUGACAUUUAUGUUAAAUAUUGUACAUGAUCCCUUUGCAAAUAAAUAAGAUAACAUUUAAAAAUAUUGGGCAGAGAAAGGUAGCUAACAUUGUCAAUUAACCAUUUCAAAAACACAUCUUUAAGAAACGUUAGCACAAUGUUAGCUAACGUACAGUUCAAACAUACUGCUCGGCAACUUACGGAAGCUAGAAACAAAAUGUUAUCCAUCAUACUGUUGCUCGAGGAAGGCUGAAUGCUAAUGUUAGCUUCAGCUAGCUAGCUUCGACUUGAGUGAAGGAGUUUUUAGGGGCUUGUGUUUUUAACUGCUGGUCAAUCUUAAAGUGGUGAAUUGACAUUGAGUGGGAACACGGCAUUCAUUAAUGAAGUGUUUAACCUUUAUAACAGCAAUUUAUCAGAUGUCAGAGGAAAAUGGCGGCUGUGGGGAAAAGGUGAAUGGGAAGUUUAAAGGAGGGACAAAAGUCUUGUAUUCAAACUAACAUUUAAAGUGUUAUGUAGUCCUCAGCUACGGGUUUUUAGCAGCACAUUAGCUCCACUCUCUUUGUACAUAAUUUGCUGUCAUUCCUUCGAGGGACUGAAAAUGUGACUCAGAGCAAAGUAAAGGCAGCGAAGACCACUGAAAGUCAGGUUGAUUAAUGAUGGCACAUAUUUGUUCAUCAAACAUUCCUUUUUCCGUUUCUUGUCUCUGCUUUAUGAUUUAUUUAAGAGAUUAUUUUUAUACAGUUUUAUUUUUAUGAUUUGCCGCCUGUGAAUAAAAUGUCAUGCAGUUUCAUUCCUAAAGGACUGAGCCUGUCCUGGAUAAUAUAAUUGCUCAUAGUCAUAUAGGCAUUGCUUGCUUGUUACUUUAUUACAGAUUAUUUUAAUGUUAUCCAUUUUAAAUACUACAUACGGCAUAGCAGGAGGUGUGCAGAUUAUGAGAUUAAGAAAACAGUGAAUGGUACAUAUCCCGCCGUGAAGACCUGGGACUGUUUGCCAAAUACUUUGUUUCUUAUGACGUUGGUGAAGACUGAGGCGGCGCCCUGUGCUUGUUUAGAAGAUUUGUAGAAAAACUGGCACAUUUGCUGCAAAACAAAAAAGCAGAGAGACCUCUGCGUCGUGCCUUUAUUAUUGUUCAGAUAAAUAAAGGUCUUCUGUUUUGUCAAUCACACAAA